AUCGAAUUAAUGUUUAAAGCGAAGAAGAAGAAGCGCAGGUGCCAUUGUUUACUUCCACGAUGGCGUUCGGUGUCUACAGCUUGCUGGAAGCUGUAAUAUUAUGUUUAAACGCUGUUUGUAUUUUAAAUGAGGAAAGGUUCCUCUCGAGAUUGCCCGGUUGGGGAGGAUCUCACGUUCAAGGAUUUGGUGAAGAACCUGGAAUAAAGACCCAAAUAUUCCAUUUUAUUCGGUCAAUUAAAACUGUUAUGAAGUAUCCGCUGAUACCUGUGAAUAUUUUUGUCAUCCUGUUCAAGCUUAUUUUUGGCUGAAAGUAUGUGGAAUUGUUAAGAAAAAAAUAUUGUACUACUGUUCUAUCAAGGAAAUGUUUGCUGCAGACCAAGCAUGCUGUCGAACUGUGAUGCUCAGGAAGUCGUAUUUUUGUGGAUGAAUUGUUUUUGUAUGGAUAUUGAAAUAUAUUAGGUUUUUUUA